ACUUGUUAGUAUGGGAAGUAGUCUUCCUGUUUAAUGAGAUGACGAACACUCUUGUUUAUGUCAUGAAGUACAGAUUUACAUCUUAUUAUCCACUUUUGUUUGUUUGAUUGAUUGGGAAAGAGAGAGAGAAAGAUAGGAUGAGAGAGAAAGAGAAGAUAGAAUGAGAGGGAAUGAAAUAGAAAACAUGAAUGCAGAUACUGCAGAAAUAACGUUUCAACCAAUAAUAAUUGCCCUAAGUAAAGGAAAUUCACCCUGGUCCGGGGCUGAAUUCUGGAGAAACAAAUAAACUAAGAUCAUACAAAAUACACUCUGAAUUUUAAAAAUAUUUUAUCAUUAAAGCAUUUGUAUCAUAUAAUAAGAUAGAUGCCCUAAAAGUACAUUCUCUGUUAUGAGUUUAACAUAUUCAGUAUUUCUUCACCUAUAUGUUAACCAUGUCAUUCCUGAUCAGUUCUCUUAAGUGAGGGGACAUGUUUUCACCUAUCAGACUAGGAUUUUAUUUUUGUACAUGUUGUUUGUCAUUUAAGCACUUUACAUGUCAUUUUGCUGUGACUUUGGGUUCGGCACCUUUGGGUAUAAGAGUGCUCUUGGCUAUUUGUAUAUCUUUAUAUAGCUGAUGCACAUGUCCUCUCAUUUAGUAAUUGGUCCACUGAAUCACAAUUCCGUUCGGUCCACUGAAUCACUGAAUUUUGACUCCAUUCGGUCCAGUGAAUUCUGACUCCGUUUGGAGUUAAUAUGGGAAUCUUAGACAGGAAAUGCUAAGAUACAUAUAUUAUACACAGCUUGUGCAUAUUGAAUUUAAACAUCCAUCAACUGAAGAUACUUAGAUUUCUUAGAUAAAAAUAGCUCUUUCUUGGGGAUAUUUUACUUCACCAUUGCGCUUUAUACGCCGAGGUGCAUUACUGUAUUAAAAUAAUACACCAUAAAGAAUUUAAAAAUCGCGAAGUGUGAGACAUCAAGAAUGUUUUUUUUUUUCAUGUCUAUAUAAUUUGAAUAGACUUGAAUUGAGUAUUUACGCAUUACUUUGUAUCAAUGUGUAUAUUGUAAAACUUGUGAGGGGAUAGAUUAAGAGGAUGAACAAUCUUAACUCCCGGAGGAAAUGACACUAAAGCCUCUAGGACACACUGCGCAUCGUUAAACAUACACAUGAUUCAGAUUCUGUGGAUUUUAUCAACACAACAUUGUAUUCCAAAAGUGAUUGAAAAAGAUGCGCAAAAAAGAUCUUCUGUGACAUUCCAUUCGAUUUGAAGAAUUGUCAGAAGGAAAUGACGAUGGUGGUUUAUUGACGAUCGAGCAUUUGUAAACAUAAAUGCAAAUAGACCCUUAUAUCUGUUGAGAAAUCUUGGAACGGAGAUUAACUCUGAAUUUCCAUUGUAAAUGAUUGCAUGAAUUUUACUGCCUCACCAUUGAAGUUAAAAACAAAUUAAAACAAGGAAGUCGAGAUCUUUGAAGUACUAGGAAAUUUGAAUGUUGUCUAACUUUUAAAAUUCUGAUGUACUUACGGUUCAGUCUUGAAGGGACACUUUGUGAUGAGGAGCUUGUGAAGUUAUGAUUAGCUACACCAUGUUUUACCUGACAUUUGUGAUAACUCUUUGUGUCUACCUGAGAUGUACAGUUUCAGAAAACCAAUAUGUAUUCGUCGACAUGAACAAGACCUGGACUGAUGCAAUAGAAUUCUGUCGAGAAGAAGGAAAAAAUUUCUCUGCCCUUGACGAAGAAAAUAUUGAAGUUGUACUGCGGGAAUGUGUAAAGAAUGACUCCGUAGAUUUGUGGACGAAUACUUACAGGCAUACCUCUCCAUAUCUAUCUCUAACAGGCUGUUUUGAGGUUGAUGACAGCAUGGAUUUUACUACACUGAGCAGCUCCUCGGUAGUGGACUGCCAAUAUCACUGUAGAAAUAGAUCGACAUUUGCAGUAAUGGAUAACAAAUGCGCAUGCCCACAAGAUGGUAACAGUACUGGAGCACGUGCGAAUGCACGUAUGUGUAACAUCACUUGUAAAGAAGACAUGUAUUGUGGCGGGAAAGAUUAUAUAAAUAUCUAUAAUGUCGUGGAACAAACCGAUUUAGAUGGAGCGAUGUUAGUAGAGGACCCACAUUACACAACAUGUCUGACCUAUGAGUGUCUUAACAACACCCAUACCUUAACGGAGAGGAACUGUGAAGACUCUUCUAUUACUGAUGUCGCCUGCAAUGAUUAUUUUUCGUGUACGUUUGAGGUUGGAGAUCCCUGUUUUUUUGUUCGCGGGGAUUUUGACUGGAAAAUAACUAAUGUGAUAACAAGAGGAACGACAAUAACAGCAUAUGAGGGAACCAGGUUUGCCCACGUGGACGAUUCCUCUUACAGUCCUGGACGUGAAUCAUACCUCCUUUCUUAUACUGAUUUUACAGGUAUACCUUAUGGUAGUUACAUUAUUUCUAUUGAAGUUAAAAAAUGGUGCUUACGGUUCCGAUACUUCAUCUCCAGCGAGGACCCCACAGCAAGCAUGACAGUGUCCAUCUAUGAUGAUAAUUCUAAAAUCGUACUGGGUAGUGUCAAUUACAACCGAAAUGUGGAAUGGCAAUAUACAGCAAUAAACAUAGAUCCUGAAGUUGUUUUCAAGAUUAUGUUUAGAACUAUAAGAGCCACAGGACCGUCGAUUUUCGCAAUAGACGAUGUAACCUUGAUCGCAGGAACAUGCGAGGAAACGACAACACAAUUGUUGUACAUGAAAGGAAAAUUGAGAUGUAAUUUUGAAGAUAGUGGAGAUAGAUGUUUUAAUCAAUCCAAAGAAGACGAUUUUGAUUGGUCCAUUAAGAGUGGUAGGACGCCCACAAGCGACACAGGCCCAUUAAGGAGCAGUGAAGGACAGUAUUAUAGCUAUAUUGAAGCCAAAAGCAAAAGAAAUAUGACAGCUCGACUGGUAUCGAAGUUUGACCUACAAGAUACCAACGUGACAUUCAGCAUGCAGUACCAUAUGUAUGGAAGCUACAUCGGGACAUUAACAGUUUUCCUUAGAAAUAGAACUCGAGGGGAGUGGAAUAUUGUUAGAAAAUCUGGAAAUCAAGGGAAUAGAUGGAUAUCUUUCGAAAAAACUUUCAUUGUAGAAGGAACAUGGCAGCUUUGCAUUGAAGCCAUCACUACGAAUGGAAAUAGGGGAUAUAUCGCUAUUGAUGACGUCAAGAUACGGAUAAACGAAAAUGAUUUUAACAAGACCUGGAUGAAUUUAAAUGAGAGAUGUAUAAGAAAUCUUGGGUCUUACCCCCUUACAAAAGACCAGGUACCAAACACGCCGUGUUUAUCCAGUGACCAGGAGAGAUGGACAGGUAUCGUUAGACCACAGAGGAACGGACCCACCGACAGGGUUCUAGAGAGAAGUCCAAGCGCUGUGAAGGUGUUUAGAUUUUCCGGGAAUAUGUCAAUUUACACCUGGGAGACAUUUGACAGAGAUACAUUACGCCCGUUUGUUUGUGAAAAACUUACAGGUAAUUUCUCAGAUGGAAAUUACUCGUGUUCCAUGUAUUCAAAAGCAAAGGACGCACAUUCAAGUCAAAAUGCUGAAGUCAGUGGAAUCAGCAGUGAAAUACCUGUUGUGAUUCUGGCUGGUGUGAGUGCCUGUGUUCUUGUUGUUUUGAUUUGUGUUGUUGCCAUGGUUACUGUUUAUAAACGUAAGAAGAAGGCAAUGGGUACACAGUUAAUGCGAGAUGAAAAUGUUAACACAUCAGAGGACUUUAACUCCAAUGAUAUCUCUCUCACGGAGAGCAGACCUUCAGGGAAUAAUAGGACCCAAAAUCAAACCUUGUCAGAGAAAAGUCCAACAACUGACGAAAUAUACGUUAACCAAGAUAAAACAAUUACACAUCCAAAAAAUAUCGCUAAAGAACACGAAGACACUGAGGAAGAUUACGACCAUCUCCAUCAGAUACGGAGUGACGUCACAUCAACAAAGGAUGACGUAUACAGUCACAUGACUGACGGUCUAUAUGGAUCUAGAGAAGUAAAACAAAUGGUCAAUGAUGAGAUUUAUGACCAUACCAUGGACAACGAAUAUGGAGUUUCAGAGGUGAAUCAGGGCGACAAUGAGACCUACGAUCAUGCGGGAUUUGGCGCCCCAGAUGAAGUAUACAGCUUACCAAACAAAUGCAGCGAACUUACUGACAAUGUAGGCCUAUAUGACAGUACUACUAGGAAUAAUAACUCUGCCUUGUGAGCGUUCAAAAUACGGGUAGUAUGUAAUAGCUGGAGUUCUUCAACAAAACGAUUACGAAUAUAGAUAAAUUACACUUUUGUAUAACUUUCCGAACUUGGAUUCAGUAACGAUGUAUAUGGUAUUUUCGCACGAGGAUAGUACCAUGAACCAGAGAGGACUGCCAGAUGAUUGGAUUAAAUUGAAUAUCGAUUACUCUGAAAAUAGUGUACACAUGAAACAGGGGCCUAAAGACUUUACAUUUAAUCUUAAAAACGGAUACGAAUCCAGACCUAUUCAAAAUAUGGAUAUCCUGCAAGUUUCAAUUAUUACAUGUUUUACUGAUUAUCAUGCAAAUCAUUAUCAACAACUAUCAGUAUUGGUGCAAGUUUUAUUGUAAGUGGGUAAGAAAUGUACAUUUGGCUGAACCAACGUACACACGAACGAAUAAAAGGGCAAGAUACUACAUCCCUGCCACUACCUUAUCUCUAAGAGUUGUCGUUCCUUACCAUCACAUACUCCUUUUUCAAUGUGGCAGUCGUGGACUCCAUGCCAUGAGCAAAUGACAAUAUAUUUCUAUUGAAACUUACUGAAAAGUUCAUUUGACAGUGUUUAUACUUUGAAACAUUCAAUAACAUUAUUUCACUCAUUUAAAUAUUUGCUUUAUACCUAAGUUAAUAUUAGCCCUAGAAAUAAUUAAUUUCUCUGAAAUAAUUAUGCACAUGUCACAAUUCAGCAUAAUCGUAUUAUCGUACUGAUAUAUAAAUUAUUAAACCAAGUCUUACAGUCAAUUUUCCACAAAUCGUGUAAACGGAGGGAAGUUCGGACAACUAUUUCACACACCUUGUGAAUGAAUGUGGAAACACUAACAUGUAAAAUACGAAAAUACUUCUCUGAUAUUGAAAGAAGGCCGUGAAAGGAUUUUUAUUAUGAAAUAUGAAAAGUACUUGGAACCUUUCAGGUCAAACAAUAAACCUGUGAAGAUAUUGAUGGUCGUGAAAUAGUUUUGAUUUUUAUAAUUCCAAAACGUGUCUAAAUUUCUUAUAUCUAGCGUAAAUAAUGUUACCUUUACUAUUCAGUUAUUUUCCUGUCCUUAAUUCUUUGAUUUCUUUCCUGUGUUUGAAUAUUUCCACCUUUAUUUUGUUUUGAGAAAGCACGUGUAUUUUGACAGGAAAAGGUCCUCCAUUUUGACAGUUCUCUCGAAGUUAUUUAUAAAACAAUGUUUCUGAUUGGUCAAGGGUCUCAGCUUUAAACGUUUCAGAUUUCAUGUUUCACUCGUUGGGCGGGGUAUUGUGAAGUCGAGUUUGAUUGGUUAAAGGGGAUAUAAAAACGUGAACGUGGCUCGUUCAACUUUACUUUAGGUUGUGGUAAAGAAUCUCCAGGUUCGACCACUUUUCUUAUUCCCUACUAAUAUUAGCUAGGCAUUGUGUGAGCUUUUGCUGCACGAUUUUCUCGCCUAAAUUUCUCUUACUGUCCCGUUUUGACAAUGAAUUAAAUUCUUUUUAAUAUUGAAACCCAAUCUUAAAGUCUGGCUCAAGGUGAAGUAGAUCUCUUAUCUAGGGAAAUAUUAUUUAUUUUGUUAAAUACGAUUCUCUCUACAUAGGACUUAUAAUUUAUAGGUGGUAGUUUUAUAUUGCUACAUGAGAGAUAGUGUAGGAUAUUUUUGACUUAUUUUCAAGGCUCUGAAUCACUUUGAAAAGUAUGGAGGUCCAUUAGUAUACUUUAUAGAUAUAUUUUGUUUUUCUUGGGUCUACUCUUCCCUUAUUCUCAGGUUAUUUUUCAUUAUUUCCACUUAUUAAGUUUUUCUAAGUUCACAGUUGUUAUUCCUAUAUUACAUUAACUUUUGAUAUGUUAAUAAACCUAUAUUACAUUAACUUUCGAUCUGUUAAUAAAUUGUAAACUCUUA